AUGUUCCACCUCCGUAAUGAGAAUGGUGAGCGAUUGCUCCAGCUGUGUGAAGAUGCUCGCCUGUUUCUCGCGAGCACUAAUUUUCGACACAGCACCCGCAGAAGUGUGACUUGGCGGCCACCAGCCUCGGGCCAGUCAUGGACGCAAAUCGAUCAUAUCGUGAUCAGUUACCGCUGGAGAGGCUGUGUCCAAAACUGUCGCUCGAUUUGGAGCACGAGCGUGGACUCUGACCACGCACUUGUCUGUGCCGACCUCCUGGUGCGUUUCGGUGGACGUCCGCGACGUCGAUGUGAACGGAUUGACACUAGCCAGCUGGCGAAGCCAGAUGUUCUGAAUGUGUACCAAGAUGCGCUGACAUCUGGGCUGAGUAAACGCCCACUAAACACCGUUGAAGAUCACUGGUCGCACACUCGUCAAGCGUUGCUAUUAGCAGGCAUGUCUUCAUGUGGCAAAACAAAUUGCCAAACCGGACAUUGGGUCUCUACACAGUCUCUGGAACUUAUGGAUGCUCGCCGACGUAUUCCGGCUGGAAGCGAAUACAAUGAAUCUCGCAAAAAUCUCAGGGCAAAACUACGUGCUAGCCUGAAGAAGGACCGCGAAACCUGGUGGUCUCAUCGUGCAUCUGAGAUGGAAACAGCCGCUGCCAUUGGUAAUCAUCGUAAGUUAUACCGUCUGAUACGGGCAACAGGCAGCAGGAGACCUGGUGUUAGCGAGACCAUACGCGACGAGAGUGGGCAGAUGAUCCACAGCCUGUCAAAACGCUUGGAGCGUUGGGCUGAACACUUUGCACGGCAAUUUAACCAACCUGAGUUAUCACUUUCUUCGGGCAUUGAACGCCCUUCUCCUUGGGCCGUCUCCCUGGAUCCGCCCUCACGCGCUGAAGUCGAAUGUGAGAUCAGGCUGUUGAAAUUGCAUAAGGCCGCAGGGGCAGAUACUAUUCCUCCAGCCCUCUUCAAGUUCGGUGGACCUGCUCUAAUAGGUGAUCUACACGAGUUGCUAGUAAAACUUUGGGAGCAGGAGACAGUCCCGACAGACUGGAACCGCUCUGUCAUUGUCCCAAUUUUCAAGGGAGGCUCCCAUUUGGUAUGUGGUAAUUAUAGAGGGAUCAGUCUGAUUUCGAUUGCCUCUAAAUUGCUUGCCUCUCUCAUUCUCCACAGACUGACUGGCACUCGUGAAAGCCAGAUUCGUGAAGAGCAAGCCGGAUUUCGUCGAGGUCGGAGCUGCAUCGACCACAUCUUCACAUUGCGUCAAGUGUUGGAGCACCGCCAUGUUUAUUGGCGACCCACCGUUGUCGUGUUUCUUGACAUAAAAGGUGCCUUCGACUCAGUCGAUCGAUGUGCACUUUGA